AUGAACUGUACUCCAUUUAAAGAAGCUGGUUCUGAGAAUGACUUAAGAUAUUUAAAGUCUACUCAAGAUGUCAGCACAUCUACAUUAACCCAAGAAGAGCUGAAUUACAUCCGAUUUCUACUGAAAUCAAAGUGUGAAGUUCCAGCUCAAUGUGUCAACAUUUAUAGCAAUAGGGCUAGGGUUGAUUAUUAUGGCAAUAAAGUCACUGCUGCUGUUCUGAGGGCAGACACUCGUGCCGUCCAUAUCCCUGCUACAUCUAGAUUUCCUGUUGGACUCUCACCAUAUAUUACAAAUUUCGUGGAAGAGUUUGACAGGACAUUCAAAUAUGAUAUUAUAGAUGACACUGCUGACACAUCUGUGAGUGAAGACUCAUGGACUAUAGAGUUGCUGCAAAUCAUCCUAAGAAGGCUUUGUGAUUCGGUGGUAGAUGUUAAAACUCGCUGGUACGUUUUACUCUGCGAGUACAAAGGUCGCAUGGCAAGGGCAAAAACGGAAGAUGAUGAGGAGCGACCUGGCUACAAAGUUGACUAUGAUCUGAUGUGGCGCGAUAGAAAGGGAAGACGGUGGGAAAUUGUCAUAGGUGAAUUUUCGGGAAAACCCUUCAGCCCGGACAAAGAUAAGUUCUACACCGAUAGGUGCAAGCUCUUCCGUUGCAUGAAGGAUGUACUUGAUGAUCGCCUACUGGCAGUUGCCCAGAACAGAUUGGAUAAAGAGACGUAUAAGAUUGCAAAAAGUAUGCUGGCAUACGGCGUGCAAUCUUAUGGAGAGACCAUUGACAUAUUCGCUUUGAAUAUGCCAUUCCCACACGUAUAUGUCGUUAGUUCAAUCUGUUCGCUAGAAGUUCCCUGCCAGAGAAAGGGGAAAUGGGAAGAGCAGAUCCAAAAUCUGAUUGACAGAUUUUGGAAUUUAAUAAGGAAUGGUGUGAUAAUUGAGGCGUCGAAGCUAGCUGGUUGA